UCCCACACACCUCAUCCCCAGCCCCCACCUCAUCCCCCCCCCCAAGCCAAUUAGCAAUCCACGUGAUGAGGUUUAAAUAGCUACGCCCGGGUCCGACCCAGUCCUGGCGGGUCUCGUUCAGGAGGCGAGAGAGCGCACAGCGGGAAGAAGGAGAAAACGAAUUCGUCGAAGAUGAAGGUGGUGAUGAUGAUGUGUCGGGGAUUGUUGAUAUUCCCAGUCGGCCUCUGUCUCGCAUGCUUUCUCGGUCUCGCCGCCUGCGACGAUCCGCACAAAUCCGCCGGUGGAGAGAACGGCGCAACGGGGGCAGCAGCAGCAGCAGCAGCUGCAGCAGCUGAGGGUGUUCCAGCCACCGCCGCAGCCGCCUUUGUCUCUCUCCACCGAUUUCCGCCGCCGUUUCUCCGCCACAUUUUGGACCACAGCGCCGUUGCCGGUGGAGUUGGUGGUGGUGGUGGAGUUGGUGGUGGUGGAGUUGGUGGUGGUGGAGUUUCCACCGGGACGCGUGGGUCGCGAGUCCCCGGCGACUCCCACCACCACAACAACAACAACCACCACCACCGCCACCACGUGCGCUACAUGCGCGCGCUGUACCGGCGGGAGGCGGACGAGGACGGGAGGCCGCGGGGCGGUCCCAGCGCCAUCCCCAGCAACACCGCGAGACUCAUCCCGCCCGCCCGGCUCGGCCGAGCCCCGGGGGACCCCGCGGCCACAGCCGAGGUGGUGACCUUUGACCUGCGUGCGGUGCCGCGUGGGGAGCUGGUCCUGCGCGCUGCCCUCGUGUACCCUGGGGACGCCCACGGCCGCUCCGCGUGCUCCCUGCGGAUGUUGCCGGGGAAUUUCGUCGGAGCGGACCACGGAGCUGCGAAGCCCGCGGAAGACCCAGAGGCCAGCGGCGGUGACCCCAGCCUGGACCCGAACUUAAACCCAAACCGAGAGAUGAUGCCAAGGCCCAGUGCAGACCCCAGCCGGAACCCUCAACCGAAACCCAAACCUGACCUGGACUCCAACCCAGAUCUUGCACAGAACCUCACCGCAAAUCCGACUCCGGACUCCAACCCAGACGUUCCACCGAAACUCAACGCCGAGGCCACUCCACUCUCCAACGGGGACCUCGUCUCAGACCACGAGCUGGAGGCUCCCGCGAGGGUGUCGCUGGGCGAGUGGUUCGAGGUGGACGUCACGGGGCCCGUGUCGCGCCUCUUGAACCACCCUGGCUCUUCGUCUCCCACCACCACCUCCUCCUCCCCGCUGCCGGCGCUCCGCGUGGCUUGGAGCUGCGCGCCCGUCCCACGUCGUGCUCCCGUGCCGCCGUUUCUCCUCAUAUACUCGAACGACCUCCUGGGGGUGGCGGCAGCGGCGCCGCCUCCGGCAGGAGAGGAAAAGUCUGAGGAGUUGGAGCUCCCCUCGCCGGGGUUCCUCGGGGAUAUCCCGGGGUCCCUGGAAGGGGACCACCACGACCACCACGACCACCACCCCCGCCUGGCGUCUCGCGGGGAGCCGGGUUGGGCAAAGUGUUGA